AUGGCCUCCCUCUGGCGGCUUCUCGCCCUCGGGCUCAGCCUAGCACUCGCCGCCGCCCAGUCGAUCUCGCCGCUCGACACCCGCGGCCAGCUGCAGGUCGGCAGCCCGCUGUACUCGCUCGACCUCGACCCAGAGCCCUACGACGACCGCGUGAAGCUGCAUCUCUACCCGUCGACGUCGAACCUCUUCGCCCCCGAUGAAUCUUUAAAGGACCUUCGCAUCGCCGGCCGGCUGGUCAUCGUGAGCCACAGGAACGCCCAGCGGCUCAAGGAGACGGACAUUGCGUAUCUCUCCUGCGACCCGGACGACUACCCGGGCAACAUCGACCCAAAUGACACUCUGGGCGCCCUGCUCGCCGCCUCCCGCCGUCCCGCCGCCAUCCUGCUGUACACCACCCACGCCGUGCGCUGCGACUACGAGGCCGACCACGACGAGGACCCGGCUACUAGCUACAAACCCAUCUUCUCGCUGCGGGACCCGGAGCUCGCCAACGCCCUGCUCACCUCGACCGAGCGCCAUAAUGCGACCAUCUCGACCGCCGGCCCUGUCACGGCCGCCCAGUCGCUGCAGGAAGACCCCCAGCCCGCGCGGCCGCACCAUGGAGACCCGCGCAACAACGGAGUCGAAACCACCCGCAACACCGCCAUGAUCAUCCUCUACACCGUCACCGGCAUCAUCACCAUCUUGUUUCUGGCGGUCAUCUUGACCGGUGCCAUCCGUGCGCACCGCCAUCCGGAUCGCUACGGGCCGCGCAAUGUGCCCGGUCGAGCCAGGCAGAGUCGAGCAAAGGGGAUUGCCAGGGCGAUGCUGGAUACGUUGCCCAUCGUCAAGUUCGGCGAGGACAGAGAGCAGCGCUCAAAGCAGCAUGACGUCGAGCUCGGUGACGAUUCCCAUCCUCAUACUCGGCCAGAGUCACGGCAGCAAAAUACUGCUGCUACUGCACCCGUUGAUUCUAACACGGUUGAUAAUGCACCUGCACCAGCACCAUCUACGGCGGAUGUCCCGGUAGAGCAGCAGCAGCAGCAGCAGCAGCCUCGUUCUGCGUCUCCAUCGGGCUCAGCUGCGGGCUCAGCAGCUUCCGAGCGAGAACCGUCCACCACCUGUCCCAUCUGCACGGACGAGUUUGUUCGUGGCCAGGACGUUCGUCUCCUGCCAUGCAACCACUCCUUCCACCCAGAGUGCGUCGAUCCAUGGCUCGUCGACGUCUCCGGCACCUGUCCUCUCUGCCGAAUAAAUCUCAAUCCGGAUGCACAGGAACAGCAACAGCAACAGCAACAGCAUCAUGAUACCAUCACCGGCAUCGAAGGAGACCCUGCCAUCGAUGCCAGGGAAAGAAGAAAGGAUCAGAAAUGCCCGUGCCUCGACGGCAGGUACCUCCACUGA